GUAACCACAGAGACUUGGAAAUCUGCAUGAAGAUGGAAAAGUCUGAGCAUAUUUUACAUCUGGGUCAAAUUUGAUGACGGCUGAAAAUGACAAAAUCAAAAAUUAAGCUGUUUCUGUUUCUUAGCAUUUUUUUUUUUAUAAGUUUCAUCUUGAUUUUAAAAUGGAAGCAUGUUUGCAUGCAUACUUCUAUUUACAAUGUUGGAACUCUUUACAGAAGCAAGCCCACAUCUACAAUCAGCAGUUUUGAUACACGCAACACCCCCAAGUCUUCCUCCAACUCCAUAACCCCUAUUAAAAACUCCAGCCAUUUUGCAGUGUCUGCAUUUAUUGAUCACAGGAUUAAUAAAGCUAUUCGAGUUAUCAGCAUAAUAAAAAGAAACAGUAUACAGCCACUUUAUUGCCGCUACUUCAACAAUGGCCAAGCUGUUGAGUUUACUAAAGCUGAAAUCGAGAUACACAGCGAUCAUUUUCAAUACCCAUUUGGUGCAUCAGAUGUGUUGUGCCAGGGUAAAAACACAGACAAUGUAACACACGUCACCAUUUCAGCUGAAGCAGCUGAUGAAAUGUCAGAUGUUAAUAACCUACACUUAUUGCCAGUAAAGAAUAGAGUGAUUAAUGAAUCAUUUAAGUACAACUUCACUGUCUGUAUCUCAAAUCUUUUUGGAAACUACAAUAAUGUUCUGCAGUUUGUUCAAACCAUGGAGAUGUACAAGCUUCUUGGUGUACAACGUGUCAUAAUCUACAACACCAGCUGUGGUUCUGACUUGGAAAAACUUCUACAGCACUAUGAGAAAGAGGGAAUUCUAGAGAUUGUGCCAUGGCCUAUUGAUCAGUUCCUUACUCCUUCUGUAGGAUGGAACAUUGCAUUGAAUAAAGGGGACAUCCAGUACUAUGGUCAGUUGGUAACUCUUAAUGAGUGCAUUUAUAGGCAAAUGUAUGAGUCCAAAUAUGUCCUGUUGAAUGACAUUGAUGAGAUCAUCAUGCCCUAUAAGUAUGCCAACCUUACAUUACUGAUGGAAGCUUUGCAACAGGAGCACAAUGAUGUGACUGUAUUUCUCAUAGAGAACCACAUUUUCCCAAAGACACAGUUUGAAGAAAGUGGAAAGUUCAUACCGGAAUGGAGAAAUAUUCCUGGUAUCAAUAUUAUGGAACACAUUUACAGAGAACCAGAUCGAAAGAAAACUGUUAACCCCAGAAAGAUGAUCAUCAACCCCAGGAGCGUGAUGCAAACCUCAGUACAUUCCACCCUGAAACACACUGGACAAGUCUAUCAUGUUCCUCACGAUGUGUGUCGGCUUGUUCAUGUGAGAACACCAUUACAGGGGAAUCUUAACAAGAAGCAAUUAUUUGUUGACACAAGAGUAUGGGACUUUCAGCAAGAACUAAUAAGAAAUGUGGAUAGUGCCCUGCAAUUAUCAGGAUUGUUAAAAAAUCAAGAAUGA